AUGUCCCACAACCCGCAUAACUCCCUCACCCAGCACCCCGCCCCCAUCAACACCAACCCCAACAUGCAAUACGCCCAGCACGGCAUGCAGCAGCCCAUGAACCCUCCUCCGGGCUAUGGCAUGCAGCCCCAACAACACAUGCCUAUCCAACCUGGUAUGCAGGCCCAGUACCGUAACCCCGCCGUCGAGAUCGAAACAGCGAAUCGCAAUAAGGCGCAGCUCAUCGUCGGUAUCGAUUUCGGCACGACUUUCUCCGGUGUCGCGUUUGCCUUUGCGACCAAUAACGAGGCCCGAGAAGACAUUAUCACGGAAUGGCCCGGUGCCGGAACCCAUACGAAACAGAAGAUCCCUACCGUCCUCUAUUACGACCAGUACCAAAAAGUGGUUGGCUGGGGGCCAGAUAUCGCCGAUGCGCUUGCGCCUACGGGAUACCCGAAACAUGGGGUGCAGAAGGUCGAAUGGUUCAAGUUGCAAUUGAUGCUCUCCGGAAAUACCUACAUUGACCCCAUCAACUUGCCUCCGCUUCCUCCGGGCAAGUCAGAGAUCGAUGUGGCUGCCGACUAUCUAUUCAAGCUGCGACAGGCAAUGCGCGCACAGCUGCAGAAGACCCUGGGUGAGGUGUUUACUCGAGAGGAACGCAACAUCCGCUACUAUCUCACAGUGCCGGCCAUCUGGAACGAUGCUGGUAAGGCAGCUACUCGUGCUGCUGCCAUUCAGGCUGGUUUCUUGCGAGACGAGAACGACAACCGUUUGACCCUGGUUUCGGAACCUGAGGCGGCCGCUCUCUUCUGUGCCAAGACCGGUCUUUUGAACCUGAAGAUCGGAGACGCCAUUCUGAUCGUUGAUUGCGGUGGUGGUACGGUGGACUUGAUCGCCUAUGAGGUCGAGGAGGAGCAACCGUUCAGUGUGAUGGAAUGUACUGCUGGAUCUGGUGACUCGUGUGGUUCGACCGCGCUCAACCGGAACUUCAGCAAUAUCCUACGUGCCAAGAUUCGCAAGAUGAAGCUUCCCGACGGCUCGCGAACGGCAGGCAAGGUGUACGCCAAGUGUAUCAUGGAUUUCGAGAACCGUAUCAAGGCAGACUUCCGCAACAACGGACAAAAAUGGGCAGUGGAUGUCGGCAUUGAGGCUGACUUCCCCGAUGCGGGCAUUGAGGAGGGUUACAUGACUUUCACCAACGAGGAGAUCCUUCAGUGCUUUGAGCCCGUAGUGAACCGCAUUCUUGAGCUGGUGCGCAACCAGAUCAUCGCCAUCCAAGCACAGAACCGCUUGCUCCAGAACGUCCUGGUUGUGGGUGGUUUCGGUGCCUCCGAGUACCUCUUCCAGCAGAUCAAACUCCAUGUCCCUCCCCAAUAUCAAACCAAGGUCGUCCGACCCAUGGAUUCAGUGGCCGCCAUCGUCAAGGGUGCGGUCACGGCAGGUAUCACUGAGCGAGUGAUCACCCACCGUGUCGCCCGUCGACACUACCUAAUGGCCACUCUACAACCAUUUAAGGAGGGCUACCACCCCGAACAGUACCGGGUACCCAGUCUGGAUGGUCGGGACCGCUGCAAGUACACGCGUCAGAUCUUCGUGCAGAAGGGUGAGCGUGUCAAGAUCGGCGAGCCUGUUAAGGUCAGCUUCUUCCGUCAAGUGGCCCCCGGUGCUACUCUCAUGUAUGAGGACGUGCUGUAUGCUUGCGACGAGGACGUGUGCCCUGAAUACACCAAGGAUCCACGCAUCAAGGAGGUCGUCACCCUCACCUCAGAUCUCUCACGCAAGAACCUCGAGACCGAUUUCGAGCGCAUGGAUACACCUCAGGGUAUCUUCUACCGCGUGUACUUUGACAUCUAUCUCACUCUUGACGGCAGUGAAUUCAGUGCCGAGCUUGUCUGCCAAAAUGAGAUUAUGGGUCGCUGCCGGGCGAAGUUCCGGUAA